AUGUUGAACGUGCGGCGAGAUAUGAUGAGGAUGGGAACCAGGGCUGCCCACGGGAGCGGUUAUGCGAUGCCCCGAACACUAAGUCUGCUGGGCAGAACUUCAUACUCGCCCAGCUGGGAGCGAUGGAGGAAUGUCGCGCCCAACGGACAGCAGACCCCCAAGCAGAGCGCCAGCGCGGCGCGGGUUCGCGACAGCAAUCAGGCGGCGGCGGCGGCGGAGGUCCUGAGCGUAAUGAAGCACCGCUACCACGUCUCGAUGCCCAAAGGGGGUCAAUUCCUGAUGAACACGCGUGCGCCAGGUGGUGGCGGCGGCGGCAGCGGCAGCUGGGGUCCGUGGGCGAAUCCUCGCGAGAAGGGAGACAAAUCGGACAAGAGUGGCGGCGGUGGAGGUGGCGGUGGAGGUGGUGGCGCCAAGCCUCCAUUGGAACCGUGGACGAACAGCUUGGCCCUGGCGGCCGUGGGGGUAAUUGCUCUGCCCCUGUUACUCGCUGGCCUGGGAGCCCCCACCCCGACGGGCAGCGAGAUCUCAUUCCAGCAGCUCACCAACGAACUCCUGCCCGAGGACAAGAUCGCAAAGCUGGAGGUCGUCAAUGGAAACCGAGUGCGCGUCUAUCUCAAGGAUGACGCGACGCGCGACCCGAGGACCGGAGAGCUGCAGCAUACGAAGGCGGCCUACACCAUCACCAUCGGGUCGGUGGAGACGUUCGAGAAGCAGCUCGAGGAAGUCCAGCGGCUGCUCGAAAUCGACCCUCACCAGUUCAUUCCCGUCACCUACACCACCCUGCCCGAUUGGGGGUACAUGUUUACCUACUUCGACGGGGGAAUGCUGGCGAAUUGGCUUCCGCCACUGCUGUUGGUCGGCUUCCUCGUGUGGAUGACCCGCUCCUCGCUCAAGGCUGCUGGCGGACCGCUCAAGGGCAUGUUCGACGCGGCGUCCAAUCCCGCCAAGCUCUACAACAAGGAGACGGGCGUGAAGCUCAGCUUUUCCGACGUGGCCGGCCUGGAGGAGGCCAAGGAGGAGAUCAUGGAGUUCGUCUCCUUCCUCAAGUUCCCCGAACAGUACCGCGCCCUCGGCGCCAAGAUUCCCAAGGGAGCACUCUUGGUGGGUCCGCCCGGCACGGGCAAGACCCUCCUGGCCAAGGCCACCGCUGGCGAGGCCUCCGUCCCCUUCUACUCCGUGUCGGGUUCGGACUUUAUUGAGAUGUACGUCGGCGUCGGUCCUGCCCGGGUGCGUGGCCUUUUCGAGGAGGCGCGCAAGAACGCCCCGUGCAUCGUCUUCAUCGACGAAAUCGACGCCGUGGGACGCGCUCGUGGCAAGGGCAAGUUCAAGGGAGGCGGCAACGACGAGCGCGAGAACACCCUCAACCAGCUGCUCGUCGAGAUGGACGGAUUCAACUCGCAAGCCGGAAUCGUGGUGCUGGCCGGCACCAACAGACCCGACAUUCUCGACCGCGCGCUGCUGCGGCCUGGCCGUUUCGAUCGCCAGAUUGCUUUGGAUAAGCCCGACGUGAAGUCCCGCGAAGCCAUCUUCCUGGUGCACCUCAGCAAGGUCUCCACUGAGAAGCCGGCCCCGGAGAUCGCCCCGCGACUCGCGCAGCUCACCCCGGGUUUCUCAGGAGCCGACAUCGCCAACGUGUGUAACGAAGCCGCCCUCAUCGCGGCCCGCCACAACAAGCUCGCAGUCGACGAACAGGACUUCGAAGCGGCCAUCGACCGGGUGAUCGGAGGGCUGGAGAAGAAGAACAAGGUCCUCAACCCGGAGGAGAAGCGAACCGUCGCCUACCACGAGGCGGGCCACGCCGUGGCGGCCUGGUUCCUCCGGCACUGCGACCCCCUUCUCAAGGUCUCGAUCGUGCCUCGCGGCCAAGCGGCGCUGGGCUAUGCGCAGUACUUGCCCAAGGACACCUACCUGGUGACCCAGGAGGAGUUGUUCGAUCGAAUGUGUAUGGCUCUGGGCGGCCGCAUCGCAGAGCAGCUGGAGUUCCAAAAGAUGUCGACCGGCGCGUCGGACGAUCUGGACAAGGUCACCCGCAUGGCCUACUCCCAGGUGAUCGGCUACGGCAUGAACGAGCGCGUGGGACCCAUCGCCUUUAACCCCAAUGAAGAGAGCUCCGGCCGCCCCUACAGCGAGAACUUGGCCGAGAUCGUCGACGAGGAGGUGCGGGAGAUGGUCAAGAAGGCCUACGCCACCACUCGCGCCCUCCUGCAGGACAAGUACGAGGGCCUCAAGCAGGUGGCCGAGCUGCUGCUGCAGAAGGAGAAGAUCCGGGGCGAGGACCUCGAAGCGGAGCGCAUCCAGCAGCGAGAGCAGGAGCUCCGGGAAGCCGAGGGUCAUCAACGCCUCCCAGCGCGACACAGCCCCAGCCCUGAUGACGAUGAGCAGCACGUUUCUCCGUCCCGGUGGCCAGCCCUUCUGCUGGUGGCGGCCAAGUGCGGGCGAGCCCUCACCGCCCACACGUCCUACCAGGUGCCGGUGGUGGUGUGGGCGUGCCUGCUGCUGUUCGCCGCCUCCCUCUUCUACGUCCUCCGCCAGCCGUGGAAGGACGGCAAGAAGCGCCUCCGCACCAAGCUGUGGGCGCGGAUUGGAUUCAACGCGGGCCUCUACGCCCUCGAGCUCGUGCUCUGGCACCACUGCCUCAGCCUCUACGGACCCGUGCGGACGCUGCUGGUGGUGGACUACGGAGACGUGCUGCUGGCACCCCUCUUCAACCCGCGGCAGGGCUCCUCCUCCGGCGGCGGCGCGUCGUCAGGGAAGCGUGGCGCCCGCAUGCAGGGCUCGCUCCUGGUCCUCCUCGCCUACGCCCUCCUCUUCGCCUUCGACGCGCCCGUCUCCGGCUUCGCUGAGGAGUGGGGUCUGGUGGACAAACUCUACGGAGCGGGCGUGGUGGCCGCCGCCAUCGCUGUCGCCUUCGCGCGGAAGCGAUACCACCGAAAGCUCGCCGUGGGCUCGGCCAAGCGUCUGACGGCCCUCUCCGUGAUGAUGGGCGCCGCCAUCCUCGUCCCCUUCGCCCUCUACGCCUACGCGUUCCAGGCCACGACCGGGCAGGAGGGAGAGGGAGGGAGCGCGAGCAUCAACAUCAACUCGAGCGGCGGCAGCAGCGAGGGGUCGUCGAGCGGCUUCGGCCUAUGGGUCGCCGUGGGCCUCGCGGCCGCCCUCUUCGUGGUCGGCGACUCGUGGGCGGAGCACGUCGUGCGCUCCCGCCUGCCCUCCCCCGCCCUCGCCACCAAGCUCGGCCUUGCCGGGGCGGUGGCGUGUGCGACGGUGGCGGGCUGGCUGUGGCCUCCCACCAGCCUCUCCCUCGUCACGUUCGCGGUGGCGGCCCUCGUCAUGUUCGGGGCGCACAUGCGAUUCCAGGGCGAGCAGGAGACCUCCGUCCAGCACUCCAUGUUCGCGGCGGAGGGCGCCGACGAGGGCCUUCCCACCGAGGCCUUCUCCGGCUCCCAUGGCGGGGGUCAGCUGUGGCCGUUCUUCAAGAACACGCUGCGGGAGAUCCUGGCCAACAGCGAGUCGCGCAGCAUCUUCCUGUUCCUGGUCAUCAACCUGGCCUUCAUGGGCGUCGAGGUGGCCUACGGCUACUGGACCAACUCCCUCGGUCUGAUCUCGGACGGGUUCCACAUGCUGUUCGACUGCACGGCCCUCUUCAUCGGCCUCUACGCGUCCGGUCUGCUGGUGAACCUGAUCGGCGUGUUUGCCUUCGCCCACGGCCACGCGCACGGCGGACACGGACACUCGCACGGCGGCGACGGCGGACACACCAAGAAAAAGAAGAAGCACAAGAAGGGCAAGCACGGCCACUCCCACGGCCACGGCGACCACGGCCAUGCCCACGGCCACGACGACCACGGCCAUGCCCACGGCCAUCACGACGACCACCACGACGAUCACCACGACCACGACGAUCAUGACGACCACCAUGAUCAUGACGACCACCACGGCCACUCACACAAGCAGAAGAAGAAGAAGCACAGCUUCUCGGCCUCCAAGUCGGUGCUGGGUAAGCUCGUGGAGCCCUUCGCCGACUUCUUCCACCGCCUCUGGCACGAGGGCCUCACCGACAACCUCAGCGGUAUCUGGCUGCACGUGAUGGCCGACACCCUGGGUAGCGUGGGGGUCAUCUUCUCGUCGUUCUGCAUCAUGAACUUCGGCUGGACUAUCGCCGACCCCAUCUGCUCCUUCUGCAUCGCUCUGACGAUCCUGAUCUCGGUCAUCCCGCUGCUGAAGCAGUGCUCCGUCACGCUCGCACUCCGAGCGCCGGCGCACCUCCAAAAGGACAUCGACAAGGCCAUCACGCGGCUGGAGGGUGUGAUGGGUGUGCGCGACGUGCACGUGUGGAAGCUUGCGGGCGACACGGUGGUGGCAACUCUCCACGUGCAGGUCCAGAACCACGUCGACGAACAAAAGAUCAUCAAGGCCGUAAAGGGGUUCUUUGCUGACACGGUGGAGAACCUGACGGUGCAGGUGGAGAAGGACCGAUUCUACGACCUGCAGACAAGGCUACAAAAGCAGCCGCUCUCCCUCCCCUCUUCCGCUCUCCCCAUGGCGGCGCCCGCUCCAUUCACGCCCCAGCCGGCCCCCGUCCUGGCGCCCUACAUCACCAACGCCUCUCGUUCCCACUCUGUCGGCUCACUCGCCGCCUCCGCUUCCUCUCCUCCCACUUCCUCUUCUUUCUUCUCUGCCGACCCCGCGGCGGACGAGGGUCACCGCCACCACCACGAUUAUCACCACCAUGACCACCACCACGACCAUCCUCACCAUGAUCACCACCACCACGACCAGCACAUUGACAUCACGGUCGACAAGAGUCUGUAA